AUGUCAGACACAAACAUCGACAACGACGCAAUUCAUCCUGUAUGCGCAACACUUGCCACCAUUAUUCGCGAAAUUUUCAACAGUGGUCAUGCAUCACUUACUAUUAUUCUUCAGCCAAAGCUCCAGAUUCACGUAGAAAACGUCCAGUUUGAUCUCUCUAUCAGCAAUAAUGGAGACUACGAAAUGUCUCUUACCAAAGACGUCCCAAAAGAUAACGAUGACAAGGAAUUGUCCGUUGUCCCCAUCUAUUUACAAAGGAAUCCAUCAAAACGCGUCGCGACAUCAAGUGUUCGAAAAUUCAACGUAUCCAAGUUUUAUCGUAACCGACGCUACUCUUACGUUGAACCAGACCUUAGUUUCUUAACUGAUGAACAACGUCAAGAACUUUAUAAUUUACUUGAAGAUGUUGCAGCUGGACAGUCUAAUAAACCAAAAUACCACGUUCCUAACAACAUCGACGCAACCAAGCUGAAAGGCUGGAUUCGCAAUAAUUCCUUAUCGCUUCAUAACAAUAACAAGACGUCAUCUCAGAGAUUCUGGGCUGCUUAUCGAUUGGGGAUGAUAUUCUUCUUCCUCAAGUCUAAACAGAAGCUGGUGAAUAGUACCGAGCAAGCCGAAGUAUUGGGAUACGAAAUGAAUAGGUUGUUUAUGGAAAAGAAGCAAGUGUUUCGUAUUUGUGAAGUGUUUAUGAUAUUGGGCGGAAAGGCUCUUCAAAAAGUUAAAGCGUUUCAUGUGGCUGAUUUCCUAAUGUGGUCUGAAUGGCAAUAUCAAGCUUUACUGGACUACAUUAGAGCUAUUAAAAAUGGAUGGAUUAAACUGAGGUAA